AGCGAGCGAGAGAGAGCGAGAGGGGGGAGAGAGACGCCGCCUUGUUUUUGAAGCAUGCACAUAUUCUUUGCACAUAAGCUCCCCGGGUUGAUGUUUACACAGCGGGACGGAUCAAGUGACCACACCGCCGGAAAAAGGAGGGGAGGGGGGGAGGAUCCCACGGAGCAGCCGGAGGAUGUUUCGACGCGAGCGGUCAUGGCGACGCGUCCCCUGUAAGAUGGACAGAAAGAUGUUUUUCAACCCCCGCGGGAUGUUCUGAAGGAUGAAUGCUCUCCCAUCGGCGUUGUGUCUAGCUUGUAAUAUGUAGCUCGAACGUCCGCGUAGCGUGCGUGCAGCUGUUUCUCUUAGUUAAAGGAGCCCUUUUUUAAAAUUAAAACCUCGCUCACCGGCUGCAGCCACGAGCCGUGGCCGCCUGCGGCGACCUUCCCCGCCGCUGUCCGUGGUGCUGAACCGACAGCUCCUCGGGUCUGCAGGAGUUGACCUUCUCCACAGCGAGCAGAAGAUCCUCCUCCCGCAUCACGGUGGAAAAGCAGGCCACCGCACAUGGACAGCUGCUGGGCUUGACUGAGUCAGCCGGACUAUAUUCUCUUUGAUGGCCGUGGCACGCAAAAUCAAAACUUUGCUGACCGUCAACAUUUUAGUGUUUGUGGGGAUCAUCCUGUUCUCGGUCUACUGCAGGAUCCAGGACCGGUCCGAGGAGCUCAUCCAGAUAGGGCGUAUGUCCGACCAGAGGCUGCGAGCCAGGACUGGCAAAGUUUCCAACUUGGUGGACAGGCAGUCUAUUCUCCAGCGGCUGGAGAGGCUGGAGGAUGUGGUCUACAACCAGUUAAACGGUUUGGCGAAGCCCAUGGGACUCGUUGAAGGACCCGGAGGCCUCGGCCAAGGGGGAGCCGCUGCCACGUUGGGCGAAGACAGUCUUGAUGCGGAAGGGAAGUACGAGGAGUACGGCUACAACGCUCAGCUCAGCGACCGCAUCUCCCUGGACAGGAGCAUCCCAGACUACAGGCCCAAAAAGUGUAAGCAGUUGAUGUACCCAGAGGACCUUCCUCAGAUCUCCGUGGUCUUCAUCUUUGUGAACGAGGCGCUGUCGGUAAUCCUGCGCUCCGUCCACAGUGUUGUCAACCACACACCAGCGCAUGUACUCAAGGAGAUCAUCCUGGUGGACGACAACAGUGACAGUGUGGAGCUGAAAUUCAACCUGGACCAGUAUGUGAACAAACGCUACCCAGGCCUGGUAAAGAUUGUGAGGAACAGCAAGCGGGAGGGUCUGAUCCGAGCCAGAAUACACGGCUGGAACGCGGCCACGGCUCCUGUUGUUGGCUUCUUUGAUGCCCACGUCGAGUUCAACCCAGGCUGGGCUGAACCUAUUCUGACCCGGAUGAAGGAGGAUCACACCCGCAUCAUCCUGCCCGCCAUAGACAACAUCAAGUACAACACGUUUGAGGUGCAGCAGUAUGCCAAUGCUGCCCACGGCUACAACUGGGGGCUGUGGUGUAUGUACAUCAUCCCACCACAAGAGUGGCUGGACAAGGGCGAUGAGACGGCCCCUAUCAGAACUCCAGCCAUGAUCGGAUGCUCCUUUGUGGUGGAUAGGGAAUACUUUGGUGAGCUCGGCCUGCUGGAUCCGGGCAUGGAGGUCUACGGAGGCGAGAACAUCGAGCUUGGCAUGCGGGUGUGGCAGUGCGGAGGAAGUAUGGAAGUGCUCCCAUGUGCCAGAGUGGCUCACAUCGAGCGUACCAAGAAGCCCUACAACAAUGACAUAGAUUAUUACGCUAAGCGCAAUGCCCUGAGGGCGGCUGAGGUGUGGAUGGAUGAAUACAAAUCCCACGUCUACAUGGCCUGGAACAUUCCCAUGAACAACCCCGGAGUUGAUUUCGGGGAUGUCUCGGAGCGUUUGGCCUUAAGGAAGAGACUGCAAUGUCGGAGCUUUCGCUGGUACCUUGAACACGUGUACCCGGAGAUGCGGAUCUACAACAACACCAUCACAUACGGCGAGGUGAGGAACAGCAAAGCUAGCGGCUACUGCCUGGACCAGGGCUCUGAGGACGAUGACAAAGCCAUCCUGUACCCCUGCCAUGGCAUGUCCUCGCAGCUUGCCCGCUACGCAACUGAGGGGCUACUCCAGCUAGGACCCCUGGGGUCGACCACCUUCCUGCCUGACACAAAAUGCCUCGUUGAUGAUGGCAGAGGACGCACUCCCAGACUGAAAAAAUGUGACACUGUUUCAAGGGUGUCCCAGAGGCUUUGGGACUUUACACAGAAUGGCCCAAUCAUAAGCAGGGACACCGGACGGUGUUUGGAGGUUGAAAUGUCCAAGGAUGCCAACUUUGGCCUCCGCCUGGUGGUCCAGAGAUGCUCUGGUCAGAAGUGGAUGAUACGAAACUGGAUUAAGCACCCCAGGCAUUGAAGCGAGAGAACAACCUCUGACACAGUUCGGACAGUGUUUCAAGUCGCAGUUGGGUCUGAAAAUGUGGACAGUUCCGAGAUGAGACUAAUGGAGCUGGUGUGUGGUGUUUCAUGCUAUAGAGACUUGGCAGCGCACUGAGCUGCCCUCCGGCCACAGAGCUUUCCAACGUUAAAUCUAGAAGAACAAUCGGAUCAAUUAAUGUGUUGCACUGAGCUGCGUGUCGUCAGAGACCUUAUGGCGAGUUGGAUUGUUUGAAAUGGCUCACAUUUCUGACAUUCAGAUCCAUGUACAGAAAUAAGUAACAAAACAGUGCAGUGCACAGUGCAUUCCCUCAAGGUGGUUCGACAUCCUAGUAAAUCUUUUUUUUUAUAUGAUAAAACUAUGUGAAAAAAAAACAUCUGAGCUUGUGAAAAGUUGUGGUUUUCAAUUGCCACAUCGAAGUGAAUGUUUUGGGCUUUGAUUUAGAAAAUUGCUUUGGACACAUUGUGCUGCGUUGGCAAGACAUGUAACAGGCUUCAAAGGGGCUGCCCAUCACCUGGUGGGGGGGUAUUUCACCUGCUCUCACACAAACCACUACAGGUCUUUGUUUCUUUGGACUGCAUUGUUCACAGAGGACAGGCGCAAUCAUGUGCCUUUUUCCCUCAUUUUCUGUUAAAUAUGACCGGGUAAUGCCAGUGGCGGAAGAAUGUACAAAAUAAUUUGAAAAUUCUUAAUAUAUAAAACAAUGUAUAAAGCAGUCUAAUGAUAGUAAUAUAUUGUAAAAAGUGAAUAAUUGAUAUUCGUCCUCUGAUAAAAAUUAGGAUAAUAAAAUAAUUUUUAUGACGAG